GUGGGAUGCUGCUGAACACACCCUUUGCAUUUCGCUGUCUUUUCACAUCAGCGUAAACCACCAAGCAGAGGAACAUCAAAACCUUCAACAAAUAUGUGGCGCAGCACCGGCUGACAGCGUCUGCUUGAGGUAACUGUGAUGGCAGGGUCAAAGAUGUCUGUGCAGCUGGCUGUAGUGGUUGUCCUCUCAGUACUGCUGACAGGAGCAACCCACGCCGGCCCUGAGAUGGACCCAUACAAAAUCUUAGGAGUUACCAGGAGUGCAAGCCAGGCUGAGAUCAAGAAGGUCUAUAAGCGUCUUGCAAAAGAAUGGCAUCCAGACAAAAACAAAAAUCCAGGGGCUGAGGACAUGUUUAUCAAGAUAACAAAAUCUUAUGAGAUCCUGUCCAAUGAGGACAAACGGGCCAGUUUUGACCGUUAUGGACAGACUGAUGACACCCAGCCAUAUAGCAGCGGUCGCUACGGUCAUCGCCAUGACAGCUUUUACUUCGACGAGUCCUUCUUCAACUUUCCCUUCAACAACAAGAACCACAGGGAUUUUGCUGACAGCAAGUACAUAUUGCACUUCAACCAGUAUGUCAAUGACGUGGUGCCUGACAGCUACAAGAGACCAUACCUGAUAAAGAUCACCUCUGACUGGUGCUUCAGCUGCAUCCACAUCGAGCCUGUAUGGAAGGAGGUGGUGCAGGAGAUGGAGACUCUAGGUGUGGGAAUAGGUGUGGUGGAUGUUGGCUAUGAGAGACGGUUAGCCAAUCACCUGGGUGCGCAUCGCACCCCAUCAAUACUUGGAGUCAUCAAUGGCAAAGUGACAUUUUUCCAUUAUGCUGUAGCAAAGGAGCACCUGAGGCAGUUUGUAGAAGACCUUCUUCCUCAGAGACUUGUGGAGCGGGUCACCGACAAGAAUGACCUGCAGUUCUUGAACAGCUGGCAUGAGCUCAACAAGCCACAUGUUCUCCUGUUUGACCAAGUGCCUGUAGUUCCUCUGCUAUACAAACUGACAGCUUUUGCUUAUAAGGAAUACUUGCAGUUUGGCUAUGUGGACCAGGGCCUUUCAGAGACCGCCAAUCUGCAGAAACAGUUCAAUAUUAACACUUACGCUCCAACCAUGCUGGUCUUCAAAGAGAACAUUGACAAGCCUGCUGACAUUAUACAGGCCAAAGGAAUGAAAAAGCAAAUUAUUGACGAGUUCAUGUCAAACAACAAGUUUCUCCUUGUGCCGCGGCUGGUCAAUCAGAAGCUCUUUGAUGAGCUCUGUCCUGUCAAACAGUUCCAUAGACGCAGAAAAUACUGUGUCCUGCUGAUCACAGGUGACGAAGAGACCUUUUCUCUUGGGAACAAGGCCUUCCUCUCAUUUGCCUCCACAAAUGCCAAAGAGGUUGUUAGAUUUGCUUAUGUGUACCAGCGGCUACAGCAACCUCUUUGUGACAUCCUCAUGCAAAACAAAGACAGCGCACAGUCACCAACCCAGGUGGUGAUCCUGGAGAGGCGUAAUGCUGCAGGCAAGGCCUUGUUCAAGCCAGUGACCGCCUGGAACGGCAGUGAGGAAGACAAGCAGCAUCUCCAGGAGGAGCUGGAGCGACUUCAGAGAGACCCGUCCAUCCUCAUCCAUGACGCCAUGCUGCCCGAGCUCAACAACGAGUUUGCCUCUAUGUUUGUCAUCCGAUGGAUCUAUGCAUCUUACGAUUAUCUCUCCGAAGUCAUUGAUGAUAUUCUGCAUAACAACUGGCGUGAGAUGAUGCCUCUUCUGUCCCUCAUCUUCUCUGCCUUGUUCAUCUUGUUUGGAACCGUUGUCAUCCAGGCCUUUAGUGACUCAAGUGAUGAUAAGCAGACUAAACCAAAGGCAAAAGAUGGAACCAAAGCUGAAAAUGGGUCACCAGGGACCGGUGGCACUUCAAGUCGGCCUCCCAAGAAGAACUUUGUGGAGGUGACAGAGCUGACGGAUAUCACUUACAUGAGCAACUUGGUGAAGUUGAGGCCGGGACACAUGAACAUAGUGCUGGUUCUCACUGACGCCUCCAAGAACAUCCUGCUUAGCAAGUUUGCCAAAGAGGUCUACUCCUUUACCGGGAGCCUGACGCUGCAUUUCUCCUUCCUGAACAUCGACAAGCACAGCCAGUGGAUGAACACUCUGCUGGAAUACGCCCAGGACGCCACGCAGAUUGAUGCAGACGAGGAUGAUUGCGGAAACCACAAAAUGGACUACACCGGCUACGUGCUGGCACUUAACGGCCACAAGAAGUACCUUUGUUUGUUUAAGCCCGUCUACACUGGGGAAGACCUUGACAGUAAGUCAUCUGAGGAUGAAGGCAGUACUUCAGGGGGGAGGUCGAAGUCCAGUUCCCGCGACGACCACCCACCGCGCAAAUCCAACCGAUCCCGCAGCAUAUCCACCCUGCAGAUCCACCACAAACUAGACCGCCUGGGGUUGUGGAUGGAGAGGCUCAUGGAAGGCACUUUGCCGCGCUACUACAUCCCCGCCUGGCCAGGACUAGACAAGAUCACCUCCUGUAAGUAGAUGGAAGCGAAUUAGUACUUAGUAUUUAUCCACUGUCAGACUCCCCUUGUGUUAGGAUAGAGCUGCCUUUCUUGGACUUGAGAUAAUUAAUAUUUACAUACGUUGGGUUAAUAUUCCAAACUUGGCUUGAGUCCAAGUACUGUGGGUCAGAUCCUUUAGCGUACCCCUCUUCCAUUCAUUGCAUGCUGUUUUAUAUACAGUAUAUUUAAUUUAGGCAAAUGCUGCUGCUACAGCCUUGUGAACAGAAAACAAAAUCACUGUGGCCACCUGUACUCUCCUACCCUUAUUUUCCUGGUGUUUCUACGUUCUAUUAUUAUGGUGACUGCUGGGGAGAGGCAGGAAAAGCAGGGAGAGACAGGGAUGUCAUACAGCAAGGGCUGCGGGCUGUGAUCGAGCCCAGGCCACCACGGUCAGGACACACCCUUGUUGCAUGGUAUGCGCUCUACCAGGUGAUCUACCAGGGCGCCUCCUCCGCUGCCGUCAUGACCAUCAAUCACAUCCACACACACUAAAGGAGGCAAGAUAACUACCUUUGUCUCCAUUGAUGAAUACUGUGAAUAGAGAUGCAUGACUUUAACACGAAAUCUCUUUUUUAUGCAUCUCAGCCCCUUUUCUCCAUUAUAUAUUAUCUCCUGAAUGCUGCCUCGCUUGUGCAAUAUAGCAUACUGCUGUAAUGACAAUGCCUUUUAUCAUGGAUGUCAAGGGUUUCUUCAUGUUCUUCCUGAUCAUGCGAUUACAUCAAGAGAAAAUCAUUGUUUUGUUACAUAGAAACUUUUGGGGUUGUGGUUUAAAAUGUACUUUGCUGCACGCAAGAAUUAUUUAGCAGCCUUGGUCUAUUUCAGAACCUCAGUUAGCCAGUAGCUUUAUGUAGCAAACAUAAUGAACAUAAUUGCUGUCCAUUUCAUUUUCUGAAUGUUUUCCAAAUGGAAAAAGAUUGACUGACAUGUUAUCAUCAGAUCAUCUUGAAUUGUGUUGACAUGAAAGUAAAAUCAAGCUUAGUGUGUGCUUGCUUGAUUUAUUAACUUGUUUUGUCACCAUUAAGUGAAAAAAUAUUGUUCAUACAAUUUUGUUGGUACUAUGUAAAUAUUGUACGUAAUCAUGUAUUGGACCUGUUUUCAAGAGUACGUAUAAUUUGGUGAAUGUUUCACACGGAUUUAUCCAAAUGCUGUAGUUUUUGUUUUUUGUUUUUGUUUUUUUAGUUAAUAUUGAAUUUAGAAGUGAGUAUAAAAGAUGAUGUCUGCUACUGUCAUAUGUUUCAGUUGGUCUUCAG